ACGAAAUCUGCCCAACAGAUAAUGUGGCGCGAAAUUCGGCACUUUCGGGGAUGGGUAACUAUGUAAAUUUCCGGGCCAGUCCAGUGAACAAGGAGACAGAUAAACACCUAACGCCUAUAAAAAUACCCAAACACUCGAAAGUCCUAGACCUUGACCCACGUUCACCCAGUGAUGGGAUAGUAAGAACCCCAAUCCAAAUAGACAAAGAUGACCCAUGUUCACCAUCUUGUGUUAUUCGCACCCCAGUCAGAUUUUCUAACGGACUUAGUCCUGGAGUGCCUUACUUUAAUAACUAUGAAACUCCUGAUGGUGUUUUGACAGAAGACGAUUCAAUACACCGAGGUAACAAGUCAUCCUCACUGUCGGAUACUGAGGUUGCACACAACACGAAAGCUAAGACUCACACGUGUGAUUCGAAUAAUAGAUUCAGACUGUCUUGGUUUGAGAAACGCAUAAAGCGUAAAUCUUUAUAUGAUUCACCUGGUCUGUUUGUCAGAUUUCGACACAAGCAAAACUAUGAAAAGUGUAAGAAGAAGGAACAACAGGUUUGUGAGGAAAACGUGACGAAUCCGACCGAUAUCUCACAACUGAGAUCAUGAGAAGUCAUGUAAAUUAAAUAAAAGCCUGAUUUACUAUACUGUUAUUCAGAACCCUGUCUUUCUCGGGAUUUUUUUCCAGUUUUGUACAUAAAUAUGCAUUUUCUCUUACUCAUCACUUUUUGUGAAAAAAAUUCUCAUCGAUAUCCUUUAAUCUUAUUGUUGUUUAUCAACUAAACCAUUGUAAUACUUUAUUUCACUCCUCUUUUGAAUUAUUAGAAUGGGGAUUUAUGAAGAUUGUAAUAAUUUUAACAGUUGACUAAUAAUUCACUGCUCCAUGGUUUAUCGUAAGCGUAAAA